AUGUUUAGCUCGAAGUGUGCUCACGACGACUCCAAGGUGCCGACUCCCAACUCCCCGCCCCACCAGAACCUCUAUAAACUCCCCUCCUCGUCCCCCAUGCACCAAAGCCUCUUAGCCAAAGACCAAUUAAUGGAAGAGUUCCAGGAGGAUGAUGUUUUGUGGUCCGACGGCGAGCACCAGGACGACGACGACACGGUCUUGGAGAAGCAACCAUCCACCCGGCAGCAAGCUCGACGGAAGGAGUCGGCUCCGGUCGACAUCCCCCCCAAGGCCAGAGUUGGUGCAAGUCGUUCGUGGGCGCCGCGGUGCAGCUUCCACGAUUCUGACAACAAUAGCAUGGAUGGAGAUUAUGAUGAUGAUGAUGAUGAUUUCGGCAACAACAGCAGCGAUGAGAGGAUUCCACCUCACAUCAUCGUGGCCCGAAGAACAUCGGACAAGAUGGCGUUCUCGGUGUGCGUCGGCAAAGGCAGGACGCUCAAGGGACGGGAUCUUUACCGAGUCAGGAACGCCAUUCUCCGGAUGACCGGGUUCCUCGAGAGAUAA